CUCUCGCUUCGUCGGUAGAAAAGUCUCCACGUCCCUCUUGUCCAACCACAAAAUAUCUCUCAACUCAACAACUAUAAUACACCACGGACCACACUGUUACUCAAACCCCAUCUCUCUCUCUCUCUCUCUCUCUCUCUCUCUCUCUCCGAAGCAUCUUCAACUCCAGAAAGGUACGUACGUAGAAGAGUCGAUCAUGGAAAACCAGCAGGCUGGUCAUGAGCUUAUUUCCAUGACGUACACCUGGACUAUCGACAACUUCUCCAAGCUCAAAACCCAGAAACAUUAUUCCGAUGGUUUCGUUGUCGGCGAUUUCAAAUGGCGGAUUGUGGUGUACCCAAAGGGGAGCAAUGGGAAGCAAUACUUGUCCAUGUACUUAAAUGUUGCCGAUGCUUCAAAGUUACCUUCUGGGUGGAGUAGAUAUGCCGAGUUCACCUUGACUGUUGUUAAUCAAUUCAACAGCGACAAGUCGAUAACAAUAGACACUCAGCAUCAGUUUAGUGCGAAAAAAAGUGAUUGGGGCUUUACAUCAUUCAUGCCACUAAGUGAGCUUUUUGACCAGAAUGAAGGGUAUAUCGUUGAUGACAUAUGUAUUGUUGAAGCUGAGGUUGCAGUCAGUAAAGCUGACAUUAAGGUUCUAAAAGACCAAGAAACUGCCUUUCUCGAGCAGGAACUUCAAAGUCAGUCCUCAGAUGAGGAUUCUGUAAAAUAUUCAGAAGCUUCAACAGAACAUACAUCACUUUGUUAUGAACAGAUGCUUGCUUUACAGGAGACACUUGAUUCCGACCCUGUCCAAACAAAUGAGGAUACAGUUAAUUCCGACCCUGUCCAAACAAAUGAGGAUACAGUUAAUUCCGACCCUGUUCAAACAAAUGUUGAUUCUGUGCAAGUGACAUGCUUGAAAAUAGAUUCAAGAUCUGAUCAAGUGCUUUCUUACCAGGAGACUGAUAGCCCAGUUGGCCCUCCCAUAGUUGAGGAAAGCGAUGAGGGUCCCUCCACCCCAGUUUGUGAGCUGAUAAAUUUCAGGGGGUUAGGGAAAAUAGAUAAAGCUUUUGUUCCACUGCUGGAGGAAGUCUGUUUGUGGCAUCCUUCGUUGAUUAGCUGCCAGAAGAAAAGAAGUCGUAUGUUUAGUGAAUGGGCAUUCACUGCUUUGGGUCGAGUACUGCAUUUCUUGAACACUACUAAGGUUAAGGAUAUGAUGGAGGACUCAUGUGAGCACGAUCCAUGCGAGCAUCUUCAAGUUUUGUGGGAGGAGGUUCAGACCUUUAGAUUUGACUUGAGUUGGCUGGAGCCUUUUGUUCAAUCCGCUUUGGGAAUGAAGAAAUUUGGGGAGAGGGAGGGAGUAUUACAGAAACUCAGAGAGGAUGUUGAUGCUUUGGAGACUGAAAUGAAAGGGUUAAGAGAGAGGCUAGCUGUUGCUGAGGUAGCUCAUGUUGUUGCAAAAGAAGACCUGGCAAAGGCAGAGGAGAGCUUCGGCGAGGCAAAUAUGAACAGCAAGCUCGGUUAUGGGAGGCAUUAGCUAACACCGGAGAAUUAUUUCUUUUAGAUGCAGAGUUGCAAUGCAGUGUGCUCUACUAAAGAUAUGUAAUCCAGUUUCCAAACUUGUGUUCUUGUAUCGGCUUCUUGUGACUUAAGCUCACUACAAUAAAGUAAAGUGGUUUAGCUUGUAAAUC